AACAAAUUUUAAAUUUUUAGUGGGGAAAAGAUCACUAACUCCUUUUAGUUCCCCCUAAAAUCUAAACCAUCUGAAAUUUUUACCUCACCACCCACUCGGAGUGCAACCUUACACAUUUAUAUAUAUAUAAAACAGAAAACAGCAACCUCUGAUUUUAUAGACAUUAUCAACUAUCAACAACUAACUACUAACAUAUUCAACUAUGUCAACCGAUAACACUGUGGCCAACACCUUCAAUCAUCCAUCCACCAAAACCAUCAAUGAUUCAAUCUAUGAAUUAGGUUCAUCACCUUAUCCUGCUAUCGCAUUAGGAUCAUCAUUAUUAUUUAGAGGUAUCACUUAUAAACCUCAAUUAAAAGCAUCAGCCAAUACCAAUGUCUAUAAACAAGUAGCUUUGGCCAUGUCAAGACCUACCAAGAAGACAUGUUUCACUUUCGGAGCUGUUAAUCUCUUAGGGGCUUGGUUAAUCUAUGAUGGUGAUGAAGUUAAUGGUGCUGAAUUUAAUGCGGUUUGGUCUUCGAUUUAUUUACUUAUUAAUGGUAAAUCAAGUAUUACCAGUCUUAUUCGAGGUCGUCAUGUUUCACCCCUUGUGUUAAGUUCAUUGGCAUUGUUCAAUACUACCAUUUAUGGUCAUUAUAUCAUUUCCUCCUGGAGAGGGUUAAAUAAUAAUUCUAGAUUUUAUGAUUAACUUUUGAAGUUAUAUCGGAGUUUGAUUUUUUUCAUUUUUGGUGUCUACAGUUUCAUUUGAG